CUCCUCUGCGCUAGGUGGCGACUGUUUGAAUAGUAUUGUUUUGGUCUUGUCCGCCGAAAAAGAAGACAAAGACAAAAUUACUUCCGCUGUUAACAAGCCGUCGCAAACAUGGCGGCAGGGCCAAUUUCGGAACGUAAUCAAGAUGCCACGGUGUACGUGGGAGGUCUGGACGAGAAGGUGUCCGAGCCUCUCCUGUGGGAGCUUUUUCUGCAAGCUGGACCCGUCGUGAACACACACAUGCCCAAAGACAGAGUCACAGGACAGCACCAAGGUUAUGGCUUCGUGGAGUUCCUGAGUGAAGAGGAUGCAGAUUAUGCUAUAAAGAUCAUGAACAUGAUAAAACUUUAUGGAAAGCCUAUACGUGUCAAUAAGGCCUCGGCUCACAACAAGAACCUGGAUGUGGGCGCCAACAUCUUCAUCGGUAACUUAGAUCCCGAGAUCGAUGAGAAGCUACUGUAUGACACCUUCAGCGCCUUCGGGGUCAUCCUUCAGACGCCCAAGAUCAUGCGCGACCCCGACACUGGCAACUCCAAGGGCUACGCAUUCAUCAACUUCGCCAGCUUCGAUGCCUCGGAUGCGGCCAUCGAGGCCAUGAACGGCCAGUACCUAUGCAACAGGCCCAUCACGGUUUCCUAUGCGUUCAAGAAGGACUCCAAGGGCGAAAGGCAUGGCUCCGCCGCCGAGAGGUUGCUGGCCGCCCAGAACCCCCUCUCGCAGGCUGACCGGCCGCAUCAGCUGUUCGCCGAUGCCCCACCACCGCCCUCAGUGCCCACGCCAGUCAUGACGUCGCUCGGAUCAGGCAUGCCCAUGCCUGGCAAAUUUGGUAUGCCUCCGCCAGGUGCCUUCCCACCUGUUCCUCCACCCGUCUCCAUGCCUCCUGGGAUGCCACCUGGCAUGACCAUGCACGGCCCUGGUGGCGGUGGACAGGGAGGAGGUGGAGGACCUCCACCUGGCCCACCACCAUUCCAUGGCAUGCCCCAGAUGCCCAUGCCUCCGCCUGCUCCUCCAGGCAUGGUGCCUCCUCCACCGGGCCCUCCAGGUGCCAACCAGCACAGGGCUCCUCCACCCGGGAUGCCCCCUCCACACAUGGGCAUGCCACCCAGAGGGCCGUUCGGCCAUAUGGGGAUGCCUCCGGGCAUGAGAGGCCCCCCUCCCCCUAUGCCCCCACCCGGCUACGCUGGCGGCCCUCCUCGGCCUCCUCCGUUCGGCUUCCAGAGGGGUCCACCGAUGCCCCCACGGCCCCCGCAGCCGCCCCGGGGCCCCAUGAGACCAAUGCCCCCUUAGGCCUCCGUCGCCAGGCGCAACAUGUUUUUAUUUUUAUUCCUAGGAUUAUUUUCACAGAUGACUUUUCUGUUAUUUUGUAUCUGACUUUGUUUUGUCGUCACUGUUCAGCUGGUGAAUGGACAGAGAAUAAAGGUUUUUACUACCA